GACUCCCAAGUGCACAAGACGGCCUCCACGACCCUCGAGCUCAAGACCCCCGUGGUCGUACUCACAGCCAAGGACCUCAUGAGGGAGAUGGAGUGGCAGAGGCUGCCCAAACACAUUAAGAGCAUCACGACCGUCAAGAUGCCGAAACAAUCAAUGAUGAUCCCGAGCUCGAGUGCGGGUUCGGCGAGCAGGGCCGAUUAUGACGAGCUGUUCUGCUUCCGCGACCCCUCUAGGCCCUUUCGUGAGGGGAACCUGGUGCAGACCAUCGGCGUUUCGAUCGAGCAGUCCGCGUUGGCUGAGCAGUUCUGGGGUGGCCAAGCAUGCAAGAUGGCCGAGGAGACCUCCCGCGAGUUAGACGUGCAGCUUGGCUUGAACGGCGUGGCCGACACUUACCGCACCAUGCAGACCCUCGACGAGUUUAAGAAGACAGGGGAGGUGAAGAAGCUACCGCGCUCGAACCUCGGUGCUGAGGGUGAGACGGCGGGAGGAGGAACGGUCAUCGUCGAGGACUGCGUCAACUCUGAGGACGAGGGCGUGCAGCUGGAGGCCGCCGUCCACGCGAGUGCCCUGGCUCAGUCGCCCGACGGGGCCUCGCAGAUUGACGACAAUACCUUCGCUGAGCUGGUCAGCGAUGCCCGAGCGAACCUGAAACGGUCAUCCUCCUUGUGCACCAUGCCUUAUUACGACGGCGAUCUUGACGCGGGCGGCUCCGCGGUCAAGACAUCCCGCAGGUCUGGUGCAAGUGCUGGAGAUCCAUCCCCAGGUAAGACCCCUUCAUGGCGCGGCCAGUCGGCAGCGGGCACCGCCUUCGGCGACGAGGACGAAGUGCAGGACUUCAAGUUGGAAGGGGAGGCGCUCUACCAGAGGAAGCUCAGCCGCUUGCCGUUGACGAGGAUGAUGGCGGAGGACAUCAAGGGGGGCUGGGGCCGCACAGUCGGGGGCGCCGAGAAAGCAAUGAAAAGGUUGGCGUCCAAGGAUGAGCACAAGGUGGUUGGCGCCAAACUCCAGGACCACAUUGAUCUUGCCAAUGAAUGCUUGCAACUGCUGCCCGCAUCGUUACCGACCCUCCCUCGCGAGAAGGUGCUCAGAAUUGCGGCGAACCUGAAGGCCAAAGGCGUUGCCAUCGCGAUUUCUACCCAGAUCUCUUUGACAGUGAAGGAGGCGGGCCAUAUCAUCCAGAUGUACAUUGAGCCCACGAGACUCCACGUUACGGGUCAGCAGGUGGGCUCGUUGCUUCGGACUCUAUUACCCUUCACUCUUGAGGUCAAGGAGGUUUUCGACCCAGAGCACCCGAGGCUCGCCGCGAUCGAGGUCGCCGAUGAGUCGAAGUUUGACACGUGGACGAAAGUUGUCUUGACGUCCUUCAUCGUUCCCCGCAUCUACGACGGAAAGGAGCACAGCAAGCACGUUCAGUUCUUCUUUCAGGCACUCGGCAAGCACUUCAAGCAAGUCGACAAGCUGGAUCUCAACGGGCCCGAGGCUCAAAUGGUCAGCGAGGUCGAAGACAUCAACACAGUAUUCGAUUGUCUAUCAGGGGGGCUCGACCAGGCAGCGGCAAACUCCAGCAUAGUCAAAGAGUUCAUCGAUGCCUCGAAGACUGAGGGCUCGGGGUGGUGGUUGUCAGUGGCCAGCGCGUGCAUGCGCACGAACUUCUACAAGGAGCAGCUGGAGAAGAUCCAGCGCGACAUGCCCUUCAUGGAGCCCGUGAUGGAGGAAAUCUGCAAGAUCAACGAGAAGCUGAACACACAAGCAGCUCGGUCAUUGGACAAGGCAUGGUCCGACAUGAUCGUCAACGUGGAGAUGCUGUUUGACUACAGCGUGGACAGCGCGCAGGACGCCAAGAUGACCGAGGCCAAGGAGGUUACAACACAGGCGGUGCAGGAGAUCGUGCACGAGCUGAGCUUAGCUUUCCCGAUGGGCGAAUGGACGCACGACAUGACUGCGAGGUUGGGAUCUCUGCUGAAAAGUGCUGCCGAGGCGAGGUUCACCAAGAAGUUCGAAGCUGUUCUCGUCGGCAUCAAUGGCGCCCUCGAUUCCUCCAACGCCCCGCCAGAAGAUAGUCACCAUAAGUUAGCCUCUGUGCUUGUCGAGGCGAGGGUCACCGAGCAUUUCUUCCAGACCGAGACCCAGGGCAUACUCAAGGAUUGCAUCGCCAAGGUCAGCAGCAUGAGGGUCGAGCUUCUGGACUUGAAGACGUUGUCGCGCGCGGGGCUUCAUCUACGUAAGAUCCUCGCCAAGUUGAAGUUCUACCAGGAGCCGCAGGGAUCCCAGCCCUCUGAAAGCAAUGCGCUGGUGUGCCAGGACCUGGCCGACCACCUUCUGUUGGCCAUGGACAGGUCCACGUCCAUGCUGAAUACAUUGGUGGAGAAGGGCAGCGAGUACACAGUCGAGGACAAUAUCACGAGUGUGAUAGAUAUGAAUCGGUACUCGUUGGGUGAUGCUGCUGGCGGGGAUGCGCACUGGCUCAUUUCAGAGAAGCCGCUUGCGGAGUGGACCGAGUGGGAGGAGCUGCACGCGAAGUUCGUGACAAGCUUCGCGAAGCUACCCGCAGGCAAGAUGAAGGCCGCAAUCGAGGAGUGCAAGGAGAAGCUCAAAAACACACAGAAGCUGGAGACCAUGUUCAGCAUCGAUCUCAAGAGCAAGAACAUGGCUGAUGACAUCAAGGCUGCCAGCACUACGAAGCUCACCUGCGCGAUGAUCAAUGAGGUCAUGAAGAUUAAGAAGGAUAGGGACAAGGACGUAGACAAGAGACGCGAUGCUGUCCGCCAGGCGAUCUUGCAGCUGCGGGAGGUGCACGGGCUGAAGAAGGGCGAUGACUACACCCCGUACCUGCCGAAGGUCUUGGUCGUCGAGGCCGAGUCGGUUGUGGCGAAGAAGCGG